UCGCCAUCAAAUUCAUCGGCACUAUAGGUGAAGGGGAUGCUCCGCGGCUCGAAAUACUCGAGAUCACGUCACGCGUCGCAGAUACUAUUAAACCCGCGCCUUUCGUCUUGUUCAGGUGUCCGUGGCUCUCGCGCCUCGACUUGGACGGACGGACUUUUGUCGACUUCGCGCACAGUCAAGGCCAGAAGGGACCCAAAAGCGGCGACAAGCGCGAAGAGGAUGGCCAUCGUCCCCGAGGCUUGGGAACGAUGAAUCUCAAUAUUUCGACCUACCGCCCUAUAUCAGGCUCAUGCAAUCUGACACCGACGGUGCUCCUUGAUGCACUGUACGAGUUCAUGGAAGGAAACAGAUUCGGUGUGGAUCUUGCGAUAGACGACGUCGCUUUUGACAAUGAUUCAGAGAGCAACAAGUACGACGACACGAACAACGGGGAUAAAGACGCGAGCCAAUCUACCGUUGGCAUAUUGGAUAAGCUCGACAACAACUACAUCACGCUCCGUUCCCUGUCCUAUCUCUUCCUCCAAGCGUUCUUCGAUCGAUACGUGCCCGAACGAUCCUAUGUAGCCGACGGAGGGACGUAUUUCAUUUGCCUCUCGAAUUGCUCCAUCGACGGAAACCUUAUUAUCCGCACUGCUCCUGGACUCCGCCUCGAGCGCAUCAAGACCGCCGACGAGAUAGCUCGUGCUCUAGCGGGCUGGUCCGGAACCGAGCUCGAGAUUGAUGAUUGCCCCGCGUUCGACGACGCCUUCGUUGAUAGGCUACGCUCGGCCGAAUGGUGGUCCCAAUCUGCAGUGAUCGAGUGCCUCCGGAUCUGGAGGUGUCCCGGCAUUUCUCCGGGUGCGCUGUACAGGCUGCUGGACGAACGAGACAUGCACGUGUGGGACCUGUUUGUGUGGGGUGCAUCAGUGCCGAUCACAGAUGAGGAAGAGGAAGCGUUCCGUGAAUUAGUAGUUGACAAACCCAGAGCUUGGUGGACAGGGAGAUUUAUUUGGAACACUGCCUAAUUAAAUCGGCUGUGCAUGAUUGUUAGAAACCGCUGUGGCCCAUGCGACGCUUGUUGGAUCAUGGAAAAUACCAUAUGUUGUAUCCCCAUACAUACUUUUGAAACCC